GCAGCAUUUUUCACCAGAGAGGACUGGUGAUUCAAGAAUAAUUAAAAUAGGGAUGUGAUUGAAAUUCGUGUGAAAAUCUUCUGUGGGUAAGCGGGUUUGUGCUGAAUUUGGAGAAGAUCUUUUCUCACGCGUAAAUUUUCCCGCGUUGACGCGUACGUUAGAGAAAGUUUUCUAAGUGAAGGAUGGCUGAAGAACUGGGAAAGAAAAAGUAUGGUCUGAUACUACCGUCGAAGAAAACCGGCUUUUCUGGUCCAGCAGCAACUCGUCUCAAGCCGAAGUUAUUUGACGAUGAAUUAGAAAAGGAAGAUUCGGAUGAACCUGUCGAAGCCGUGGACUGGGUUGCGGAAACUUUGAAAACACAAACUGUGAAGAAGAAGCAGCUGCGAAUUACAUAUCAGAAGGCAAUGGAAGAAGAUCCAACCGUGUAUCAGUUCGAUGAAAUAUAUGAUUCCAUGAAAGCCAAACAGGAGAAGGAUAAAGCAGAUGCAUGCUCAUCUUCAGGGUCAACUGAAAAGCCGCAAGCGCGUUAUAUCGACAUUUUGAAGAAAGCGGCGGAAAAACGUCAGAAGGAGUAUGAGCGUCGUCAAGAACGAAAAAUUCAGAGAGAAAGAGAGGAAGAGGGUGAUCAAUUUAAUGAUAAGGAAAUAUUCGUAACGUCUGCUUACCGCAAGAAGAUGGAAGAACUAAUGGCUGACGAAGCAGAAGAUCGCAAGAAACAACUGGAAGAUGAAGCUUCGGACGUCACGAAGCAAGCGGAUAUUACGGGUUUCUAUCGUCAAAUGUACAAGGACUCAUUCGCCGAGCCUUCACCGUCGGAAACAGAAUCUGUGAAACCUCCAGAAGAAGCUUCCGUAAAGCAAGUUUCUUGCUUUUCGGGAACUUCUGGAAAAUCUCGCCAUUAUCGACAACGUCAAAAAUCGGCUAGUCCCGAGCCUGAAAUUUUCCCAGAACCUGUGCCGUCGAACGUGGAUGCCGACUCCGACAUCGAUAUCAGUGAAGACGAUGGAGAAGACGAUGAAAUCGUCGACAAAGCAGAGCGAAGUGCACAGCCUAGUGUUUCGAGAAAAAGGAAACUGGAUGUUAGUAUUUCCGAAAAAGCUGAUGACGAUACAUUCAAGAAACCCGCGGAUGUUCCACUUAAGAAGAAAGUUGAAGAGGACAAGCCAGUCGAGCCACCGAAGAAGAAAAUUGAUGUUCGUGAACUAUUCAAAAAGCAGACGGUCGACAUCUUGUUCGAUGAAGCUCUUGAACGGUAUUAUCAACGGAAAUCCCAGGGGAUUUCUGCAUUGAAAUCUGGUGUAGACGAUUUUAAGAUGGAAAUGCUCGUGGUCGCGGAAUUUUCUGCUGGUGUUGGCUUGAUUCCCAAUCUGGAAGAAAUCUGCUAUUAUGUAGCGUUAAAAAUUAUCGACAUGGUGUGUUUACCGUGCAUUAUAAUUCCGGCAUUUCUUUUCGUCUGGUAUCGGUUUAUUUACCCUUUCUUGUGCAAAUUUUGGGAUCCCGCACCAUUCAUGAAUCGCACAUUUGGCUGGCCUCCAUUGGAGCCCGAAAAGGCGCCAUCCACUGAUGAGAAGAAAUCUUGCCCAUUUGCUUCUGGAAAGUCGGAGAACACCUCUCCGUCGUCUGGGCAUCCUGUUGCUGGUGGAGACGAGGGUCAAGAGAAAAAGGAGCAGUGA